AGAAAUGAGCCACACAGGAAGAGACUGUUGUUCACAAUCAGCAAGACAUUAUGGAGGUCAGAGCCCUCUGCAUCAAACUCAGUGAGUACUUUUUUUCAUUCCCGCAUUAAAACUAAAAUAUAAGGAAUCUGUUUAAGAUAGUAAAAUUGUUAAACUACUGUGUUGUUUUAAAAGUUUCAUGUCGGGAACCAUAAGAAAUUGCCAGACGGAAAAUAAAAAAUACAUUUAUCAGUAGGUUUACAAGUUUAGCCCUUUUUGACUUUUCAGUAAUGAGUGUGAUGAUCCCAUUUUGUGCACAUGAUCAGAGCGUUGGUAAGUACUGGCUAGUUAAACUGACAUUAACAUUUAUCAGUUAUAUCAGUUUGAGAUUUCUUAUUUUACCCUGUGCUCCCACAUUUCAGUUAUUGAAAAAUAAAACUAAUGUGAAUCUUUUAUUUUGUCUCAGGUGCAGUUUUUCUUCAUGUCAUUCCAAACAGAUUAUAGUUCUUUGAAUAUGAGCCAGUAACCUUUUACUGUGAGGGCGUCUCUCAUUAUAAUGUUUUACAUAAGUUGAGAGGGAAAAUGAAAUCAUGCAGCAACACUAAUGAGAAAACAGCAACAGGAUCGUCCUGCUCUAUAAAAAAUAUUUAUACAGACGACAGUGGAGAGUUCAUAUGUGAGACUGAAGGAGGGGAGAAAAGCAACAUUAUCAACAUCAGUGUUACUGCUGGUUCUCUGAUCCUGGAGAGUCCUACUGUUCCUGUGAUGGAGGGAGAAGCUGUGACUCUGACCUGCAGAAACAAGACAACUUCCUCCAGCUUCACAGCUGAGUUCUACAAAGAUGGACUCCCCAUCAGCAACAGCUCCACAGGAUACAUGGAUUUAACAAGUGCAAGAUCUCAGGAGGUGGAGAAUCACCAGAGAGCUGGCUGUCUGUCUCUCUGCCAUGUCUCACAGUGCAGUGUCUGGAACGACCCAUUUACUCAUUGAGCAAAGGCUAAAACCAGCAAGUACAACAUCUGCUGACAUCCCUUUCCUCACAGAUUGAAUGACCUCCCUAACUGAACUCCACACUGCUAUUAAGUUGAACACAACCCUUUCAUUGAAUGAGUCAAUUACCCCAAAUUAGCAUGCAUAUCAUGUCUGUUAAGUCUGCUGAUUGGCCAUGAAUUUGUUCCCAUAUUGUAUCAUCAUUUCUGCCAAAAUCAUUAGUAACGUUAGACUGCUAUUAUUUUGCGCAUAACUGUAUAGAUUUUAAAUGUUAAAUAAUUAUUUUGUCAAUCAUUAAUUUAAUUAAUCAAUAUUUAAUUUGAUACAUAAUUUAUAUUUAACCUCCUAGGACCCGAACUCUU